CCCCUUUUUUUUCACUUAUUAAUUUAAUUAAUCUUUUUUCUUUCUUCUUGUUGUCUAACAAUGAAAGUGCUUAGUCAAUUGCUGGGAAGAUAUUCUGAUCAUAAUAAGCCUUUGAUUUUGUUUCGUUUACCAGAAACAGAUACUUUAUUCUAUAGACUAUCAGAUAUUGAACCUUUAUUUGACCUUCCUUCAAUUUCCUUUGAAAAAGGAAGCUGGAAAAAUUGUUAUCGAGAUCAUGAAGACACUUACUUGAACACAAAAGUAUUAGAAGACUUGUCGUACCAACACAACCGCCCUUUAUUAGCCGACCUUUGUAAACUUAAGCCUGAUGACUACAACAUUGGCCUUGCUGAUCCUAUCCUUCAAACUUUCCCCAAGUUCAAAAGAGCUCCCAAGGAAGAACAUAUAUGGGACCUCGAGGGUAUUAUCGAGAGAGAAGGAGAGAAGUUGAUCAAGACAGAGCCAACCUCGCCACCACCCAUAAGUCAAGUUGUGGCCGAGACAAGAAAUGCGAUGGCUUUAGACAAGGUAUUAUUGAGUUCCACUGAACUUCGAAGACAGAGUAUGAUGGAUCUGGGACGCCCACCAAUCAAACGACAGAGAGUCACUGUCAGCAAUAGUAAUGAAGAGAAAAGGCCUGUAUCAAAACAGCUCCGUAAGACUCAGAAUACAUACUCACCUUUAGAAAAAAACGAGCCUGUUGAUCAAAAUAAGAAAAGACUAUCUAUUAAGCAUAAAAACUCACUUAAUUUGACCAUUUUUGCACCUUCGUAUCAUGAACAAUUGGCAGGUGUACGAUCUGCACCUAUUCAUUCUAAUUUUGCUACACAAAAACACCAGCACCAACACCAGCAUCAACAAGUACAACAAAUGCAACAAGUACAGCAACAUCACCCUUAUCAACAUCCACACAGAUCCCAUUAUGGUAAAAACAAAAAAAAAUAUAUAUAUAUCAUCUUGUCAUACUUAUUACCAAUGAUAGCUAGUAGUACAAAUCAUGGGCACUUGAAUGGAUCUACUUUACAUGCUAUUGCACCUGCUUCAGCUACUAUUGCUCGUACUGCUCCUUUUAAUCAUCAAGCAUCACCCCGAAGACAUGAGUUUGCUAUUCCACCUAUUGUUCCCUCUCAACAACAACAACAACAACAACAGCAGCAGCAACAACAACAACCUCAUACUGCUCAUCCUACAAGUCGUGAAAACAUAUCCUUUCAAUACAUUGCAUCCCCUUCUCUGUAUGGUUCUCACCAUCCCCAUGCCAAACCUCACCCACCACCUACUGCCACUUCUACCACGUAUAGCCUUGCAUCUAAGCAAAGAGCCAACGAGCAGCUUGCUGUUAAUGCUGCCAGUGUGCCCUUACCUCCCAAGACACCUACCACUAAUUCAUUUGCUGCCCUUCAACGACAGCAAUAUCUUCAGCCAUUUGAACACUUGUUUGACACAAUUGAAACAACCCGUACAUUAAAGACCACAUUGGAUGACCAAAUCAGACGCUCAUCCUCACUUAUGCAAACAUUACAAGCAUCAGCCACUACAAUUGAAGGGCUGGUUAGAAAUCAAGUCAAAGAAGUACAAUGGGAAUUGAUGUCUCAAGUAGAACAGACGAUGGAUGGCCUUAUGCAUCGUAUAGAAGCACUUGAGUCACGACUUAUUGAUCGACCCACAAAAAAACAAAAGCAAGAAUCAUCCCACAAUUCUUUGCCUUCACCCCUGCCAAGUGCUACAAAAGAAGAGCGUGCCGCUGCUGAGGAUUUAGUUGCCUUUUCCGAAAAAAGACGAGAUCAUACAGACUUGUCUGAAGAACUGCAGACGCCACCCACGAUUGUUCGGUCUCAAAAUGAUAUUGGCCCACAAGAAUACCACAAUAUGCUUAAUACAUUGCGUGAGCGCCUUGAUCGUCUUGAAAGGCAGAUUGAAACAUGAGAUAAAUAAAUACAUUUAUGCGCAUAAAAAGAAGAAGCCUGUUUGUUUCAUGUGUGACAGAAUUUUCGAAUAAAGCAAGGGUUCAUGAUUAGCAUGAAUAUUCUCAACAGAAAAAAACAAAAAACUAUUUAAAGCAGUAAAGGUAGCGUGUGUUCUUCAUUCUAUAUUAC